AAGUAAACAACAGAAACAUACCGGUCGCGAGGGAAUUUAAGCAGGUUUGUCCAUGAGGAAAAGUUGGAGUGACUGUAAUUGUGACAAAGCAACAAUGUCUUCAGUUGAGUAUUUGAGAGGGUUUGUCAGCGAGAGACUAACUGCUGCUGCUGAAGAAAUAUUGGGAGUUUUUGAGAAAACUAUCGUCGAGUACGAGAAAGAGAUCGACCGUCAGCGCAGACUGUUGGAUAUAGUUUGGAAACCGGAAGUAAGGUUAUACAGGACAGAGCUCCCACAGCAAGAUGUGUGUAAGGAGGAGGAGGUUGUCGCUGAGCAGCAGCUCUGUAUUGAGGAGAGGAGCUCCAGUGUGGACCAAGAGGAGCCAGAGCCUCCACAGAUUAAAGAGGAAGAGGAGGAAGUGUGCAGCAGUCAGGAGGGAGAGCAGCUUGAAGUGAAGCAAGAGACUGAGACCUUUCUAGUGACUCGUAGUGAUGAGGAAAGUGAGCAGCAGCUCCUCUGUCACAGCUCUCAUGGAGCUGAGAGUGAAGAUGAGGAAGGAGACGAGCAAGGAGACUCAACAUCAAGAGGAGAAGCAGAGCCAGAACAACAGAGUCGACGUCACAAGCGCAGAAGUCACACUAAGCGUGUAGACAACCCCAACUUAUCAGAGAUUGAUCAUAAUACUCACACAGGUAGAACACCUUUUAAAUGUGACACUUGUGGGAAAAGUUUCAAGUGUAAGUCUCAAUUUGAUAGACACCAGAGAAUCCACACAGGAGAGAAGCCGUAUUGUUGUAAGACAUGUGGGAAAACAUUCAGUCUUUUGUCAAAUCUAAACGUUCAUAAAAGAGUCCACACAGGUGAGAAGCCGUAUUGUUGCAACACAUGUGGAAGAGAUUUCCGAUACAAGAGUCACUUGAUUUUCCACAUGAGAACCCACACAGGAGAGAAGCCGUUUAAAUGUGAGACAUGUGGGAAAGCUUUCAUGCACAGACCUGUCUUGAAACAACACCUGACAACCCACACAAGUAAGAAGCCAUAUUCUUGCGGCACAUGUUGGAAAACAUUCUCUCGGACAGCAGAUUUGAAAGCUCAUGCAAGAAUCCACACAGGUGAGAAGCUGUAUUCUUGCAAAACAUGUGGAAAAGAUUUUGGACGCAGUUAUCAUUUGUUAGUCCACAUGAGAGUCCACACAGGUGAGAAGCCGUAUUCUUGCAAAACCUGUGGAAAAGAUUUUGGACAGAGCAGUGCCUUGUUAGUCCACACAAGAAGAGCCCACACCGGUGAGAAGCCGUACCUUUGCAAGAUCUGCGGGAAAAGAUACUUUGAUGGGUCCCAUUUAACAAGGCACAUGAAAUCACAUACAGGUUUGUCCAUGAGGAAAAGUUGGAGUGACUGUAAUUGUAAUGAAGCAAUAAUGUCUACAGUUGAGUAUUUGAGAGGGUUUGUCAGCGAGAGACUAACUGCUGCUGCUGAAGAAAUAUUGGGAGUUUUUGAGAAAACUAUCGUCGAGUACGAGAAAGAGAUCGACCGUCAGCGCAGACUGUUGGAUAUAGCUUGGAAACCGGAAGUAAGGUUAUACAGGACAGAGCUCCCACAGCAAGAUGUGUGUAAGGAGGAGGAGGUUGUCGCUGAGCAGCAGCUCUGUAUUGAGGAGAGGAGCUCCAGUGUGGACCAAGAGGAGCCAGAGCCUCCACAGAUUAAAGAGGAAGAGGAGGAAGUGUGCAGCAGUCAGGAGGGAGAGCAGCUUGAAGUGAAGCAGGAGACUGAGACCUUUCUAGUGACUCGUAGUGAUGAGGAAAGUGAGCAGCAGCUCCUCUGUCACAGCUCUCAUGGAGCUGAGAGUGAAGAUGAGGAAGGAGACUCAACAUCAAGAGGAGAAGCAGAGCCAGAACAACAGAGUCGACGUCACACUAAGCGUGUAGACAACCCCAACUUAUCAGAGAUUGAUCAUAAUACUCACACAGGUAAAACACCUUUUAAAUGUGACACUUGUGGGAAAGCUUUCAAGUUUAAGUCUCAAUUUGAUAGACACCAGAGAAUCCACACAGGAGAGAAGCCGUAUUAUUGUAACACAUGUGGGAAAACAUUCAGUCAUAUGUCAGCUCUAAACGUUCAUAAAAGAAUCCACACAGGUGAGAAGCCAUUUAAAUGUGACACUUGUGGGAAAAGUUUCAACUUUAAGUCUCGUUUAGAUGCACACCUGAUAAUCCACACAAGAGAGAAGCCGUAUUGUUGCAAAACAUGUGGGAAAACAUUCAAGUAUAUGUCAAGUCUGGACGUUCAUAAAAGGAUUCACACAGGUGAGAAGCCGUAUUGUUGCAAAACAUGUGGAAAAGAUUUCCGAUAUAAGAGUUACUUAAUUUGCCACAUGAAAUUCCACACAGGAGAGACGCCAUUUCAGUGCGACACAUGUGGGAAAGCUUUCAUGCUUAGAACUGACUUGAAACAACACCUGACAUACCACACAGGAGAGAAGUCGUUUAAAUGUGACACUUGUGGGAAAAGUUUCAAGUCUAAGUCUGCAUUUAAUAAACACCUGAGAAUCCACACAGGACAGAAGCCGUAUUGUUGUAACACAUGUGGGAAAACAUUCAGUCGAAUGUCAACUCUGAACGUUCAUAAAAGAGUCCACACAGGUGAGAAGCCGUAUUGUUGCAACACAUGUGGAAAAGAUUUCCGAUAUAAGAAUCAGUUGAUUUGCCACAUGAGAACCCACACAGGUGAGAAGCCAUAUUGUUGCAAAACAUGUGGGAAAACAUUCAGUCAUAUGUCAGCUCUAAACAUUCAUAAAAGAAUCCACACAGGUGAGAAGCCGUAUUGUUGCAACACCUGUGGGAAAACAUUCAGUCUUAUGUCAACUCUGAAUGUUCAUAACAGAGUCCACACAGGAGAGAAGCCGUAUUGUUGCAAAACAUGUGGAAAAGAUUUCCGAUAUAAGAAUCAGUUGAUAUGCCACAUGAGAACCCACACAGGAGAGAAGCCGUUUCAGUGCGACACAUGUGGGAAAGCUUUCAGGCUUAGAACUGUCUUGAAAGAACACCUGACAACCCACACAAGUGAGAAGCCGUAUUCUUGCAGCACAUGUGGGAAAAGAUUCUCUUGGGCAACAAAUUUGAAAGCUCAUGCAAGAAUCCACACAGGUGAGAAGCCAUAUUCUUGCAAGACAUGUGGAAAAAACUUCAGGUGUAGUAGUCAUGUAUUAGUCCACAUGAGAGUCCACACAGGUGAGAAGCCGUAUUCUUGCAAAACCUGUGGAAAAGAUUUUGGACAGAGCAGUACCUUGUUAAUCCACAGAAGAAGAGCCCACACCGGUGAGAAGCCGUACCUUUGCAAGACCUGCGGUAAAAGAUACUUUAAGGGGUCCCAUUUAACAAGGCACAUGAAAUCACAUACAGGCAAGUAGCCUUGUAUUUCAGAAAACAUAUAGGAGACAAUUCAGUUCUCAUGGCUCAUGGUUUAAAUUCACAGGAACUCAGAGAAGUGAGGAGCCACAGAAUAAUAGCACGUUGAAAAACACACUUAAAAAAACUCCCAACACGUCUUGCCAACUCGGGUGUUGUCUUUUUUUGUGUGUGUGAUCUUUAAUUUGUUUUUUUUUGUUUUUUUUGUAUUUUGUAAAUGCAUCAACGUUUUCAUCCUGCCUACCAGUUCUUUUUUUGUCUGCAGCAUUUCUCUGAGCUGUGUAUUGUCAUGUAUUAUGGUUGGUAAUGUUGAUAACUCUGUUUGCAUAAAACCCCUAAUUUGAAAAUGGUUGUCAAAAUCUGCUCAAAAUUAAGACAUGUAGAGGCAGAUAAUGCAUUAUUCUAUAUCAAAGGCGAAAAUAAUGUCAGUUGCAAAAGGUCUGAGAAACAGUUGACCAGAUUUCGCAAUAGGAACGACUCCAUAUAAGAAGUUGUUUUUGAGUUGUUGAACUUUGGAGCUACUAGGAGGGACUCCUUUAAAGGAGUUGUUUUUGUAAUUUUGAGUAAUUCUUGUGCAAUCAGUUCCAGGAAAUCAAACCUGGCAGAACACUUAGGUCCCAGAGUAAUUUUUGCACAAUCAUUUCCAGGAAAUUAGGUCACACACCCAGAUCUGUCUGCACAUGGAUGCACACACACGCACACAAACGAACAGAGACCCACUCACUAAAAUAGUAUGAAGGUGUUUGAAAGUUGGAAGAGCGGGGCUGUUUUCUGCUGCAUCCUUUGUUUUCUACAACCUGUGUUGUUGAGUUGUAUUCUGCAAUUAAAGUAAUCCCC